AUGUCUCAAAAUUCAGCUAGUUCUGGAUUCACUGCUUCUGAAGUCAAUGAUAUUGGAUCAGCAGAAAGUGGUGUUGAUAUCUUCGAUCGAGAUCUUAAUGAUGAAGAUGAUCACGACGCUUCAAGUGAACUAUUCGGCGAUGAACAAAAUGAAGUAGAAGAUGAAGAGGGUGAAAACCUCUUUGGUGAUGACAUGGAAAGGGAUUAUCGCCCUCAGCCAGAAUUGGAUGUCUAUUCUCAAUCAGGCAUGGAUGAUUCAGUGGAUUACUCGGAGCUAUCAGAAAGUGCGCGACGUGCUGCUGAGCGUGAAAUGAACGAGCGGGAUAACUUGCUUGAAAAUGCUUUACUUUACGAAGAGGAUGAUGAUACAGACGAACAUCGUAUCCGGCGUCGGUUUCAAAGAGAUCAAGUAGAUGAAGAUGGAAUAGAUGAAGAUGAAGGCAUUCCUAUUGAUAUUUUGGAAAAUUUACGAGGAAGAACAACUCGAGAACAUGUUUCUGAUGAAGCAGUGAGCCGAGAAAUAAUCAGAAGAUUCAAAAGUUUUCUUCGUGGAUAUAAAGAUCCAGAAACCAACAAUCUAAAAUACUGGGAAAAAAUAAAGCUGAUGGUCGCUGAAAACAAAGAGUCGCUAGAGAUUGAUUAUGCUGAUUUAGCUAGUGAUAGGGGUGAACAAAAUAUCUGUUAUUUUAUGCCUGAAGCACCUUUAGAAGUGUUAUCAUGUCUUAAUCGUGCCGUCACCGAAGUCGCAGUUUCUUUAUUUCCAUUUUUCUCUCGUAUAUCUUCAGAAGCAAAGGUACGUAUAUGUGGACUUCCUGUUGAAGAAGACAUACGAAUGCUACGCCAGUUACAUCUCAAUACACUGAUUCGUACAUCUGGUGUUGUAACAGUCACUACAGGAAUGUUACCACGAUUAUGUGUGGUAAAGUUUGACUGCACUUCUUGCGGAUAUAUUUUGGGUCCAUUCGUGCAGCGUCAAGAUGAAGAAGUAAGACCAAUAGCAUGUCCUUCCUGUCAGAGUCGUGGGCCAUUUGAGAUAAAUAUGGAAAAUACUGUUUAUCAUAAUUAUCAGCGAGUAACUAUACAAGAAACCCCAAAUAAUGUUGCUGCUGGACGGUUACCAAGAAGUAAAGAAGUAGUUCUUACAAAUGAUUUGUGUGAUGCUUGCAAACCAGGCGAUGAAGUUGAAGUAACUGGUGUUUACACUAAUAAUUAUGAUGGAUCAAUGAAUAGCAAACAGGGUUUUCCUGUAUUUAACACUGUGAUAUACGCGAAUAAUGUAUCAAAGAGAGAUAAAAUUGCGUCUGAAAGUCUUACUGAUGAAGAUAUCCAGAUUAUCCGUCAUUUGUCGAAGGAUCCACAAAUAGCAGAAAGAGUGUUUGCAAGCAUUGCACCAUCAAUUUAUGGUCAUGAAAAUAUUAAGCGAGCCAUUGCAUUAGCACUUUUCAGAGGGGAGCAGAAGAAUCCUGGCGAAAAGCAUACCAUUCGAGGAGAUAUUAAUAUAUUACUCUGCGGUGAUCCCGGUACAGCAAAAUCCCAGUUUUUACGGUAUGCAGCACAUGCCGCACCAAGAGCUGUUCUUACUACAGGUCAAGGGGCUUCGGCGGUCGGUCUUACUGCAUAUGUACAACGACAUCCUGUCACACGUGAAUGGACACUUGAAGCGGGUGCAAUGGUACUGGCUGAUAAAGGAAUUUGUCUCAUCGAUGAAUUUGACAAAAUGAAUGAUCAGGAUCGUACUUCAAUUCAUGAAGCAAUGGAACAGCAGUCAAUUUCUAUAUCAAAAGCUGGUAUCAUUACAUCACUGCAUGCACGUUGUACUGUAAUUGCCGCUGCAAAUCCUAUUGGUGGUCGGUAUGAUCCGUCGCGUACUUUUGCCGAAAAUGUGGAUUUGACGGAACCCAUCCUGAGUAGAUUUGAUGUACUGUGUGUGGUACGAGAUACAAUCGAUUCAAUGGAAGACGAACGACUUGCUAAGUUUGUUGUGGGAAAUCAUCGUAAACUGCAUCCAAAUUCAGUGGAAAUUCUUGAAAAAACAAAGGAAUCACAAUACGCAUCUGCUAUUGAUGCUAUCUUUGACAUUGUUAUUCAGGACUCAGAAAUCGAUCCAACGACGGGUUUGUAUUUGAUACCACAAGCAAUACUAAGAAAGUAUUUGAUUUAUGCUCGAGAGAACAUACAUCCAAAAUUAGAGCGAUUGCCUCAACAGAAAAUUUCAAAGUUCUUUGCCGAAAUAAGGAAGGAGUCUCUGGCAACCGGAUCAGUGGCUAUAACAGUGCGCCAUGUAGAAUCAUUGAUUCGUUUGGCUGAAGCACAUGCUAAAAUUCAUCUUCGUUUUUACGUGUCUGAUGAGGACGUUGAUGUAGCUGUGCGAGUACUGCUUGAUUCGUUUAUCAGUACUCAGAAAUCAUCUAUCGUGCGACAAAUGCGAAAGAACUUUGAUAGAUACAUCAGUGUUAGUCGAGACCACAAUGAAUUACUGCUAUAUUUUCUUAAGCAGUUAGUAAAGGAUCAGUUGUGUUAUGAGCGAGCGCGACAUAAGGACGCUACUAUAUCAACUAUAUCUAUUCCUGAAUCUGAUUUUAUUGAAAAAGCUCAGCAAGUUCGUAUUGACAAUGUGAAAAUUUUUUACAAAAGCGAAUCUUUUCGUAUGAAUAGUUUCAUGUAUGAUUCCAAACGAAAACUGAUUGUGCACAAUUUAUAA